AUGUGGUGCCAAUCUGUGCGUCCGUCCCCGACUCUUCUUCAGGCGUCCGCAGCAUCGCCAUGUGCUGCUCUAUCUCGACUGAGUGCCUGCGCCUCGCGUUGCCACCUGCGCAUGCCCUCCAUUCAGCCGCUCGGCCUACCCCGCGCUGAUCGCCCACGAACCCGCCGCUCUCCGCCGCUCCACGUCGUGGCCGUUGGUUGGGACCCGGAGGGCAUACUGGCGCCGCCGCAGCCAGGGCACAUUGCACGGCGCAAGCAGCAGCACCAGAUGGUGGACGAGGAGGCGGAGAGGGCCAAGCGGGAAGCCGCCGCUAAACAAGAGGCCGCCAGGAGAAGGGAGGCGCGCGCCAGCCGAGUGGUACCGGACACGGACGAGGGGCUGAUAGAGUUCUUUCUCUCCACGGAGGUCCCUGACAUGGAGGCCGAGAUAGCGCGCUGCCGCCCGCGCCUCACGCCCGCCUUCUUCACGUCGCUGCGCACGGCCAUGGGGCAGCUGCGCUUUGCGGCACGGCCCAGUGCGGAUGAUGCGGACAAGCUGGCGGAGCUUGAGGCGCUGGAGACGGUUCUGCAGGAGGGAAUUGCUGCCUACGACGCCCUGGAAAAGGCAAUGACGGGUGCAAGGGAGCGCCUGCACCGCCUGCUGUCAGCCAAGGACAAGCGGGCAGAGCUGCUGGCCAUGGCAGCCAGCAACGAGCUCGAUAGGGACUUGCUCACCCUGCUUGAUGAAAACAUUGCUGCUGCCACUGCUGCCAACCAGAAGGAAGCAGUUGAAUUUAUGGAGAAGGUGCGCGGGGCCAUGGUCAAGUAUAUGGUGAAGACAUAA